AUGGCUACAGAACAAAAGAUUUUGCCCAAGAAGGGCGAGCGCAAUAUCCUCGUUACUAGUGCUUUGCCCUAUGUCAAUAACGUGCCUCACUUGGGAAACAUUAUCGGUUCCGUCCUCAGUGCCGAUGUUUUCGCCAGGUAUCAUAAAGCCUGCGGACAUCCGACGUUAUUCAUCUGCGGGACUGAUGAAUAUGGCACAGCCACGGAAACAAAAGCAUUGGAGGAGAAGGUGACGCCAGAAGAGCUUUGUGCGAAGUACAACAGGAUCCAUCAAGAAGUGUAUGAAUGGUUCGGUAUCGGAUUUGAUCACUUCGGCCGCACUCCGACACAAAAGCACACAGAAAUUUCCCAAGCCAUCUUUAAGCGGCUCUAUGACAAUGGGUACCUCGCGGAAAAGACCGCUGAACAGCCGUUUUGCGAGACCCAUGGGUCUUUUUUGGCUGAUCGUUACGUGGAGGGAGAAUGCCCACGAUGCCACUAUGAUGACGCUCGAGGCGACCAGUGCGAUAAAUGCGGUCAUCUCCUUGAUCCCUUCGACCUUAUCAACCCGAAGUGCAAGCUGGACGGCGCUACUCCGGUGAAGCGAGACACGAAACACAUCCACCUCCUGCUCGAUAAGCUCCAGCCUGAGAUCGAGAAGUACAUCCUUCCUGCUAUGGAGAAGGGCGACUGGCCCAAGAAUUCCCGCAAUAUCACGGAGAAUUGGCUGAGGGAAGGUUUGAAGGAUCGUGGUAUCACACGAGAUCUCAAAUGGGGUGUCCCUGUCCCCUUAGAUGGGUUUGAUAACAAGGUCCUUUAUGUGUGGUUUGAAGCAUGCAUUGGGUAUCCGUCAAUCACCGCUAACUAUACGGAUGAUUGGGAACUUUGGUGGCGCAACCCUGAAGAUGUCCAGCUUUAUCAGUUCUUGGGCAAAGACAACGUACCCUUUCACAGCGUCAUUUUCCCCGGUUGUCAGUUGGGAACCCAGGACAAGUGGACUAUGCUCCACCAUCUAAAUACCGCCGAGUAUCUGAACUACGAGGGUGGCAAGUUUAGUAAGUCUCGUGGAAUUGGUGUCUUCGGUAACAACGCCAAAGAAACUGGCGUCGCAUCAGACGUGUGGCGUUACUAUCUCCUGAAAAACCGUCCAGAGACAGGUGACACCCAGUUCGAAUGGAGGUCUUUCGUCGAUAGUAACAACAGUGAGCUGCUGGCCAAGCUCGGCAAUCUUGUCAACCGAGUCAUCAAGCUUGUCGCUGCCUCCUACGGUUCCACCAUUCCCGACUUUACCGUCCCGGAAAACUUCCAGCCCACAUUGGACGAGGUCUCUGGUCUCCUCCGACAGUACAUCGAAGAAAUGGAGGGCGCCCACCUUCGUGCGGGUGUUAGUACCGCCAUGAAGAUCGCCGAGGCUGGUAACGGCUUGAUCCAGGCCAACCGACUGGAUAAUUCCCUGAUCGCUAACGAACCCGAGCGUGCCGCGGCUGUUGUUGGUACCGUACUCAACCUCAUCCACCUUCUCGCCAGCGUGUUCGUCCCCUAUCUGCCCACCACCUCUAAGGCCAUCAACGAACAGCUGGACGCUCCAUUCGCCCUCAUCCCCUCACUCGAGGAUAUCAAGGACGGCUGGAAGCCUGUGUCGCUGAAACCUGGCCACAAGAUCGGCAAGGCCCAGUACCUCUUCUCGCGCAUUGACCCCAAGAAAGCCGACUUGUGGCGCGAACAAUUCGGCGGCUCGCAGGCUGACAGGGAGAAGAGGGAAGAAGAAGCUGCCAAAGCAGCCGCAAAGAAGGCGGCCAAGGACGCUGCAAAAGCUAAGAAGAAGGAGAAGAGGGCUAAAGAGGCUGCUGCCGCUGCCGGUGGUGCUGCUCCUGUUGAGGCUACAGCCAAGGGAGGCGCGGAGCCGACUGACGUUACGUCAAAGGGGAAGAAUGAUCAAGGUGUUGAGAAGGUUACCGAUGGUGUUGCGCAGGUUACGCUCCCAACGUCGUGA